AUGGACAAGCUGUUCGAAAAUGAAGAGGACAUUAAUCCCUACUUCGUAAAUCUUCUCCUUCCAGCAAGCAGCGCGGAGGACCAUUGUGACCAGCUCAGACGAGUGCUCGAAAUAGCCCGCAAAGUCAACCUGAAGCUCAACAGGCAAAAGUUAGAGCUUGCGGUUCCCAAGGCGCUCUAUGUGGGACAGGAACUGUCGGAAAAAGGUAUCGCUCCAGAGCUUCGCAAGCUGGAUGCAAUCGCUGCAUUCCCCAGUACCACCAGCAAGCAAGAGUUGCUACGCUUCUUGGGUAUAGUCACGUACCUCACAAAGUCUGUACCCAACUUGGCGCAUGAAACCUAUCCACUACGACAACUUCUGAAGCAAGAGACUGCAUGGAUCUGGGAUGCAACAACGUGA